UAGCCAGCUAGGCUAACAGUUUCCCCCUGUGACCAGUCUUUAUGCUAAGCUAAGCGGCUGCUUUCUAGCUUCAUGUUUAGCUAAUCUUCUCAUCCAGCUAACCCUCGACAAGACAGCAUUUAAACUCCUUAAAGACUGGCUGACUGAGAAGCCCUCCACUCCACUAUCAGUCUGUGGGUCUGGACUCCGGGCUGCGGUGAAGAAACGGUUAACGCAAGAUGCAAGAACUGCGUUGAGUCUGUCUGAGCAUGUGCUGCUGCUGCUGCCGCCGCCGCCGCUGCAGUGAAGUAAAAUGGUCAGUUUCCAUCCGAGAGCAGAGACACCGCGGAGGUGAAGCCGGGCGACAACAGACGAGCAGCUGCCGGCCGCCGAGACACCCUGAACAAUUUGAGCCGGCGUUGAGUUUGAUCGGCUGGCCUGUGCGGUGAGGGGGAGACACCGCAGAGCCCAAUUUGAAGUCCUGCAUCUCAGCAGCAUAGACAGAAAAUUUGAGUGAAAGCGGGAGGAGGAAGGAUGGUGACCUUGGAAACGCCAGAGGCUCCUGUGCCUCUGACGGCGCUGUCACGCUGGUAUCUCUACGCCAUCCAUGGCUACUUCUGUGAGGUCAUGUUCACUGCCGCCUGGGAGUUUGUGGUGAACUGCAACUGGAAAUUCCCCGGCGUGACCAGCGUGUGGGCGCUCUUCAUCUACGGCACCUGCAUCCUCAUCGUGGAGCGGAUGUACCUGAAGCUGCGUGGCUUCUGCCCCGUGCUGCUGCGCUGCAUCAUCUACACUUUAUGGACGUACCUGUGGGAGUUUGGCACGGGGCUGCUGUUGCGCCAGUUCAACGCAUGCCCCUGGGACUACUCCGAGUUCCGCUACAAUUUCAUGGGAUUGAUCACGGCCGAGUACGCUGUGCCCUGGUUCUGCGCCUCCUUCAUCGUGGAGCGCUUCGUUAUCCGCAAAACGCUGCGGCUGCGCUUCCAUGAGGGGCCUGAGGAUGGAUGGUCAAACUAUCAGUUGGAUGCCGGGGGUGGAGGAGGGGCAGGAGGAACUUUUGGUGGUGGGAGGAUGAGAGAGAGGAGGAGAGGGAUGGGAAAUAAUGCUAACGGCUACCUUAAAGGGGAAUGAACCAAGGUAUAAAAAGAGGGACACAGUCUGAAACCAGCCCAAUCACUCCGCUACAUCUCCUCUGCCCUUCUCAGCCGCUUUCAUAAGCAGACUUCCCCGUUAACUGUAUGGGGUCGAGACAAACACACAGCUAUGUGGACUGGGCUGGGGUGCAGAGGUGUACGGGGUAUCAGAACAGCCAGAAAACAAAACCUCACUGGGGCUUAAAACGCCCAUAUCGCUCACUGUGUCCUCUCCUGUCCACAGAGGCACGAUAACUCCAUGCUGUUGUGUUUUUCCAUGUGGAGUUGACCUUAAGGAGAUCAGGGUCUUGAAUGACCAGGACUACAUUCUGAAUCUCUACUGUCCCAUAGACCUCAAAGAACUCGGGAUAAAACAAACAGCUGUUGCAAAGAUUUUUGCUAUCAGAACAAAGGAACAAGUACACCAUUUAUUUUUUUUUCAAGGGCACAUCAGUCUGUAUGAAAGGGCAGAAUGCUGGCUGCGCAGAAAUCAUGAUAAAAAAAGUAGCUGUAGUUAUAACAUGUCCUUUUUAAAAUGUACAUACUGUCCUUUGGUAUUAUUCAAAGUACUGUAGUAAUGUAGCUACAAAAAGCUCUUUAAAGAACUUAAUUUCCACCCUGAAGCAAUGUGUCAGCUAACGUCAUGAUGAAUGUUUUCUGCAGUUAGUGAAUACCCACAAUGCCUGGGAAAAAAAUGCAUGAAAAAAGUUGUCUUCCAAUAUAAUGUACAUUUUUACAGAGCUCAUUCAGCGGCCAUACUGUACAUCUCUGCUGAGUCAGCCCGCUGCUUGUGUGUGGGGGAGGACAUGGUUGGUUCCCGGUUUUCUCCCCCACAUAGCGUGUCGAAGUGUGGCCAUGCAUGGCAGCUCCCCCGCUAUCGGUGUAUGAAUGGGUGUGUGUGCAGAUUAGUAUGAGGCAUUGUAAGACGCUAAAUAAAUGCAGUCUGUUUAUCAUAAUAGCAGGGAGGCCUUUCUGUUGUUGGUAAUAAUUAUGAGUCAUGACCAUCAGCAUAAAGCACCAAAUCAAUCCUUUUUUUUUCCACUCUCUUCAUGUCCACUUUAUAUGCUUUAAUGUCGUCUCAGAUCUACCGAGGUCACUUGAGCCUCAUUUCUUAAUGCUCAUUCACUGGAAGCCAACAGUCAUUCCUGUCAAUUCAGACCAUUUACUCUUGAAUUUCCUAUUGCACUGUGAGUGUGACAGGAAUAGCUAAAUUCGAGUAACAACAGAAUGACAAGGACCUGAAAUGGUGUACAUGUAAUGUCAGGUUUGUAAAUUUGUUUUUUGUUUUUUUUUACUGGAAAAUACAUUUCAAGACCAAACUUCACAUUCACAAGGCACAUUUUGUCCAUGACAGCACAUGUUCAACAGGUUUUUGUUUAUCAGGUUUUCACCCUUUUUCAUUUUUUUUUUGUAUUACAGUAUUUUUGACUUAAAUGUGAAGCAGAGAAAUAUGCAGCAACUAUUAGUGAUUAUUUAACGAGGAAAGCCUCACAUAUCGCCUGAUAUAACAAGUAACAGAAUUUGCCGCUCAGUUCUUUCCUACGUGCAUGAUUUGCAAAGCGGCAAUAGGUUUGGUUUCCCUGGUGAAUAAUGACCUUUGUGGUAUUUUACUGGAAUUUAACUCGGUCUGGGAAAGGAUGCAAAAAUGAAGUUGCACAGUAGGCUGAUUUCAGGGUGCAUACAAUCCAUAGGAGCAACUGUUUAACCAUAAUAUUAUCUUAACUUAGCAGCACCAAUGUCUUAUAUGGUAACAUUCAGAUAUUUGGUACUUCAGGCAGGUGAAAAUGCACAGAAUAACACUCAAAUCCUCUGGUGUUGUUACUCUCCUGAGACACCUUCUGCUCUGGAAGUAGAAGCAUAAAGGACUGCACUUUCACCUCCAUGCAUAAAGGAGCUUGACAGGAAUGUUUUUAGCCUCAGUCGGUGGAUCUGGUGCUACUGUUUCGAGUAUAACACAGGCUGGACACUUCCCUCUUUACAGUGAUUCCAAGGUACCAGGGGCUUGGCAGCAUGCAUGAGACGGAACUAUGAUCAUUGAAAAGUAAUCCUCAGGAGGACCAUUAAUGUUGUAAACUCAAUCACUACAUUUUGUGCUGACAAUAAAUGAACUCAGCUUUUCAUCAUUUUAACUAUUAAUAGGGGGGGAAAAAAAGUGACAGAAGAAAAAAAAAAAACAGGUCAAAAUCCAUGUUUCUAAAACACUACUCGACUAAGUGAAGGUGUGACCUUCAUCAGUGUGGCUGAAAUGCCAUGCUGUGCUCCCUGGGAGCCCUGAGGCUGCAAGGCAGGACUUAUUAGCCAUCACAGAUUAAGUGCCGCCACCCAGUGGACAAUUUGUAAACUGCAACUGGUAACCUAUUGCGCUUGUAAUCAGAAGAAAUGAGAAGUGUACGCAAACACGUGAAAAUCAAGAAUCCUUUUUAGGUGAAAAAAAAAAAA